AAGGGAUCGGGGCUCUCUGUGGUGGGUGAGUUGCGAAUUCUGUAUCCUGCCCAGAAUUAGAUACCAAAGAAAUUUCUAUUUAAAGAGAGUGAUCCCCCACACGCACACACAUACACACGCUGUCAGACUGGGAGAGCAGACCACACUCAAUUCAAGUUAACUGUAUAUGUAUUAGCUAUUAUUUUAUUGAUUGGGGACACAUUUUGGAGACCUGUAUUUCUAUCAGUAACAGUUGAGACAUGGAUAUUUUUAACAGGGCUGUCUUGGUCAUAUUGACAGUCUGUUGCGAUCCAACCGCUUCGAAGGAUGUUGACUGGGACAAGUGUGUGGUGACUCAUGUCGGGGUGCCCGUCUCCUUGCCUUGCUCCGAGCUGCAAGCCUACUGGCUGUGGAAGCCGUUGUCUGGCGAAUUGUGGCUUCCAGUCAUCUCGGCCAAAGGCAGGCUUGCUAACCUGGAGCUGAGCAGCUCGGAGAAGUUCUCUCUGACCUUCGAACCCGGGUUCCAGGACGCUGGGCGCUACGCCUGCCAGGGGCAGAGGCAGGAGGGCAGAAACCGCAUAUCUGGCAGCGUUACCUUGCUCAUCGUUGUCAGAGUCACAGGCAGCCCCGUGCCGGUCCCUGUAGAGAGAACCCUGUGGCUGAGCGCGAAGGUCUCCCACCAGACCGCUAAAGUGUCCUGGAUCUCCCCCAAGGGAACCCCCCUGCACUGCCGGGAAGACCUCACGGGAGCCAUCCUCGCCAAACUGCCCCGGGUCACCCGGCAAGACCAGGGCAAUUACAUCUGUCAAGUGCUGGUUCCGGGGGCCAAGGGGGAAUUCCUGUUCAACUACACCGUCACUGUGAUAGACUCCAAGCACAUGGACUUCAACAUGACCUUCGGUCCCCACCGGUCUGGUGGUGCCGUGGCUCAGUCACGCAUGUUGAUCCCGUGUGUCACGUGGCCUGGCGCAGAUCUGAUUCUUCUCUACUGGAAGGACCCAGACUCGCGGGAAAUGGAUCGAGUCUUCGAGUUCGACUUCUGGAGGCGGGACCUGGUGAACAAGAAGCAGCCUCGGCUCCAAUUGGCUGAGUCCGACCCCACCAGCCAGGGCAAUUAUUCCUUCCUGUUGACCCCUGACCUGGAAGACAACGGGGCGUACAGGUGUGAGGUGUUCAGAGACAGCAAGGUGUACAUCCAGAGCUUCAGCCUCACAGUGCUACAGGUCUGGGCUCUCAACACCUCUGUGGGUCUCAAGCUGAACUGCCUGUAUCGGGGGCCGUCACGGGUCACUGCUGGCUGGACCUUCCAGAACCAGAGCCUCAUGGUCAGUUCCACUGGACCGGGCUCUCUCUACACUGAGAUCAACGUCAAUCGAAGCCAUAGAGCCUCCUGGCAGGGCAAAGAGGGCAACUACAGCUGCACUGUCACCGUGGCGGGGCGGGAGCGUUACACGGCCAUCUACGCUCUCACGCUGCCCCCUGCUGUAGCGACUGACCCUCUGCAGCACCCUGCUGAGAGCUCCAGGACUCUGCUGGUGCUCCUGGGAGCUGCUCUAGGGGUGCUGGCUCUGGGAGCAGCCGGGAUCCUGCUGUGCUGUAAACAACGGUCCUGCCAGCGACACUUAGGGAUCCACAGACGCUCCGCCCCCCCGAUCGCAGAGCAGGACAAUCUGUACGAGAACCUGGAGGAGCUGCGCAAGGAAGUCUUCACAGGAAGUGACCCUCACAGCUCUGAGUACAUGGACCUGAGGCCCAGCGAGAGAGACAUCUACAAUGAGCUGGACAGAUACCAGACCUGUUGACUCACCACUGCACCUGGGAAUGAGUGAAAAUCAGCUCUCACCUGUACUUCGAAAUCAGUGACACCCCACUACACUCUCAACUGUGCCUCGAAAUCAGUGACACCCCACUCCGCUCUCAACUGUGCCUCGAAAUCAGUGACACCCCUCUCCGCUCUCAACUGUACUUCGAAAUCAGUGACACUCCGUUCUCAAUAGUACUUCGAAAUAAGUGACACUCCACUCUCAACUGUGCCUUGAAAUCAGUGACGCUGUGCCCAUCUCUUCUGUACCUGAAAUUCAGAUUUGUAUAUUAUUUUUAAGCACUGUAAAUAGCUGAAAAACUUUGAAAUAAAAUUAUUGUAUUUUACUCUUUUUCAAUAACUUAUACAUAUGUAGAUAUGGAUAUAUAUCCACGCGUGUUGCCAAGGGGCAGGUUAUUAUUAUAGAAGUAAAGUACAGGGUGGCCUGUCAGCCCAGCCCAGGAAGAUCAUUCAGCAUCGCUGGUAAAUCAAUCAUUCAGAGGAUACCACUGAACUCGUGAGAUGGAUUUCUCAUUACAAUCGUAUUUCUUAAGAGGAGCCGAUGAUCUGUUCAGGGAUAUCAGGGCAUUAAGUAAGGAAGGGGUCAGAGUGAGGAAACACGGGCAAUGCAAUCUCCAGCCGUAGUGCUGCUGUGAAUUGUUUGUUAUUUUCAUAAUCUGUGCUGGUGCUGAACAUAUACACACCCACUCACGCAACAGCUGUGUGUCUCGUUUACAGUUAACAAUUAAAAAUACAA